CAGACAUCUCACCUCUACGACCUUGGGCACCCGCGCAGACCUUUUUUUUUUUGCUUUCGCGCAGCAGAUAGGAGACGUCACAACCAACAUGGGCAACUCAUCAUCGGCAGCUCAUCCCGUCGCGGGCGGUGCCCUCAGCCAUCCGGGCAUUGAGGCCCGCUUCAAUGACCUUGCCGAGGGCGAGUCCAACGUUCCUAUCAACACCAUCGCCAAGGUGCUUUCAGCACCGCGCUGCGGCGAUUUUGGCAAGAUGCUCGUCAACGUCUUUCCUCUCACCCACGACGAGCCCGUCGUUGAUCUGAUCAAAUAUCGUCAGCUUGUCAACCACGUUCUUGUACUGGCGCACGAGAAUGCCGCUGUCCGCCGCUGUGAGAUUAUGUUGACCUGCCUCGGCUUCACGGGAGACAAGACUGUGGAUCAUGAAGGUCUCGUCAAGCUGUUUACAGUGGCGUUAUAUCUGGCCAUGGCAGCCAAUGAUGUGACGGUGGAUGAGAGCGAUGAUUCGGCGCUGGAAGUUGCCUCGCGUGUCAUCAAGGGCAUGGCCCUCACCGUUAUCGAGGGCACCAAAACCGAUAACCUCACGCCGGCGGAAGCGGAAUCCUUUAUUGCCCAUCACUUUCCCCGUUGCUUCAACGGUGCCUUCAAGUGGAUCGAGCUCCAAUAUGUUCCUGCCACUGCCCAUGCACCUGAGCAACAAAACCUGUAUGCCUUCACGACCGUCGGGGCAUUUUGUUUAGACAUGUACUUGCAGAGUGCGUCGUGGCGUCUGCUAUACUGCAGCAGCCAUCACGGACAAAGCGUCAACCGCUUUCAGCACCACGCAUAUCAAUACCGAGGCCCGUCUCUGCUCCUGAUCCUUACCAAGGAUGAGCACCUCUAUACCGUGGCCGUGGAUCAAGAAUGGCGUGACGAUCGCAGCGCAGCCUGGGGCGGCCCCGCCUGUCGCAUUAUCCGCCUUGAGCCCUCAGUCCACAUCAGCCGUGACCACGCCGUUAAAGUAUACUCAAACACCAAGACGCGGGGACAGGCUCACGGCUUUGGUUUUGGAGCUCGCCCUGAUGAGGAGGAAGAGGCCACGCUAUGGCUGAACGCAGACUUGAGCUCGGGAUUCACCAAACUGCACCACGACCAGCCCAUUGGCUUGCGCAGCUCAUUUGAGGUGGCCAAGAUUGAGGUGUGGGGAUGCGGUGGAGACAUGGCCCUCUCUGCACAGGACCGUGAGCGAGCUCGGGAUGAGCUCGUUGCUGCGCAUCGCCGCAAGGCUCAGCGUCCCCAGGCUGCCGAUUGGCAUGAUGGCGUUGACCGCACGAUUUUGCACAUGGGUGGUGCCCUGAAACUGGAUGACCAAGUGACUAUUGAUCUCAAGACGGCCCGGGAUGCGCCCCACGACCCUGCUCCACAAUAAAGGAGCUUGUUGUGGCUGAUUCGCUUUCUCCCUGGCUUCUUCUUAUAAAACUUCAUUUGCUUGCGGAUUGAUUUUUGAUC